CAUUAAGAUGUUUCGACGCCCCACCGGGCCUGCCAUGAAGAUUCUUAUAAAACCCACGAUUACUCAUCAAAGGCAUGUCAGUCUUGGAAUACUAUCCAAAUACCAAAAUGUUCUCUAAAAUCGUCGUCUUAGCUGCGGCUUUAGCAGUCGCUCAGGGUGGAAACCUGGGACAUGGAGCACUUCUUGGUGCUGGAGCUCUUGGUGGACCCUUAGGACAUGGUGCUCCCUUGGGUGCAGCUGGUGCAGCCUUAGGACAUGGUGCCUUAGGACACGGUGCCUUGGGACUGAAUGCUGGACUUGCUGGAGCCAACCCUUGGGCAUCUCCCCUCGGCUACAACGCAGCUCUCGGUGCAGCUGGUCCGCUAGCCCACGGAGGUGCCCUCGGCUACGGCGGUCCUCUAGCUCACGGUGGUGCUCUAGCUCACGGUGGAGCUCUAGCUCACGGUGGUGCUCUAGCUCACGGUGGUGCUCUAGCUCACGGUGGUGCUCUAGCUCACGGUGCUCCAGCUCGUGGUCCUCUAGUCCAUGCCACAUCUACCAACAACGUGCACCUUGAGUCUUAUGCUUCUCCCAUCGGCGCCGUUGGAGGUUACGCCGGCAAAUACGCAGGAGGCCUCGCCGGACCACUUGCAGGAGGAUACGCAGGUCAUCUUGCUGGAGGAUACGCUGGCCCACUUGCUGGUGGAUACGCUGGUCAUCUUGCCGGAGGAUACGGUGGCCCACUUGCUGGAGGAUACGCUGGUCAUCUUGCAGGAGGAUACGCUAGUCCAUUAGCUAGAGGAUACGCCGGGCAUCUUGCUGGAGGAUAUGGCGGUCAUCUUGCUGGAGGCUACGCUGGUCCGCUAGCAGGUGGAUACUCUGGUCCUCUUGCGGGAGGUUAUGCUGGUCUUCAUGGUGGAUAUGCUGGCGGUUAUGCUGGUCAAUACGGUGCUUCUAAAGAUACUUUUGCGUACCCCAAAUACAAAUACUCUUACUCCGUUGAGGACCCCAACACCGGCGACAACAAAGCUCAGCACGAAGUCCGCGACGGUGAUGUCGUGAAGGGCGAAUACUCCCUGGUGAACCCCGACGGCACCUACAGGAAGGUGUCCUACUCCGCCGACGACCAAAACGGUUUCAACGCAGUUGUACAAAACUCCGGCCCCAACCACCACGUCUACUCUGCUCAAUACCACCAUUAAGCUGACCUAAGAAGUGUGUUCCCUAUGCCCGCUGUGAUCAAAAUGAUACUCAAUUAUUUUUAUAAUAAAUUUUGAAAUAUUA